ACAAAACAGAGGAGUCUGGCCAGGUUUUAAGGUGCAGCUGCUCCUGCUGUCCUUUUCGAGCGGGCGUGGCGGGAGGAGCAGCAGGAGGGGAGGAGGCUCUGAUUGGCCAGAGCGGAGGCGGGAGGUAGGGAGUUUCCCACAAUGCCCCGCUGCAGCCAGUGCGGCCGCCGAUGGAUGCUGCGGGAAGGUGCUGCCAUUUGCAGCCGCCUGGACCAGUGGCUCGCUGAGGGGAGCCCCGCUCCGGCAGAAGCAGAGGCAGGCAGGGAGGGAAGCACCCUUCUCACCCCAGUCCCCGGCAGCCCUUGACCGCGAAACUCCCCUCGCCUUCUCCUCCGCUUUCCUCGCGGGUCGCUGUCCGUUCAGCACCGCGAUGAACCCGCCUUCCACAGCCGGCGAGGAGAAGGGGGCUGCGGGAGGCAGCAGCAACGCUUGCCGGGGAGCUGAAGGUGGCGGGGACCCUAGGAGUGCAGCCGCGGGAACAGAGGACCCGGAAGAGCCCGCACUAACCGCUCAGAAGGAAGAAUCCUUGGAAGAGAAGCUGAAGAGUUUAACCUUCAGGAAACAGGUGUCCUACAGGAAAGCAAUUUCCAGAUCCGGCCUUCAGCAUUUGGCUCCUGUUCAAAACCUCAACAUUGCCAUCACCAACGGCCCAGUGAAGGAGCUCAGAAUGGCACUAGAAUGGAGUGAAAAUGCAGUGAAUGGCGAACAUCUCUGGCUAGAGACAAACGUUUCUGGGGACCUGUGCUACCUGGGGGAGGAGAGCUGCCAGGUCAAGUUCUCUAAAUCAGCUCUCAGAAGAAAAUGUGCUGCUUGUAAGAUUGUCGUCCACAAUGCAUGCAUGGAGCAGUUAGAUAAGAUUAACUUUCGUUGCAAGCCAACUUUCCGAGAAGGCGGCUCUAGAUCUCCCAGAGAGAACUUUGUCCGACAUCACUGGGUACACAGGCGGCGGCAGGAGGGGAAGUGCAAGCAGUGUGGAAAGGGCUUUCAGCAAAAAUUCUCCUUCCACAGUAAAGAGAUUGUGGCCAUCAGCUGUUCCUGGUGCAAGCAGGCAUUUCACAAUAAGGUCACCUGCUUCAUGCUGCAGCACAUCGAAGAGCCAUGUUCCCUCGGAGCUCAUGCGGCUGUUAUCGUACCUCCCACCUGGAUCAUUAAGGUGAAGAAACCUCAGAUGGUCUCCACAUUAGGAGACGAACCUGAUUGGGCAGGAGACUGGAGCCCCGGAAGGAAAACGGGCGUCUCCUACCUGAAUUGGGAGGGUUGGCAGAAUUCACUGAAAAAUUCAACCAGGCGGAAGAAGAGGACGUCUUUCAAGAGGAAAGCCAGCAAAAGGAGCAAUGAGGAGAACAAAGGCCGUCCUUUUGUGGUAAAACCCAUUUCUUCCCCACUCAUGAAACCGUUGCUUGUAUUUGUGAAUCCAAAAAGUGGAGGGAAUCAGGGUACUAAGGUUCUCCAGAUGUUCAUGUGGUACUUGAACCCACGUCAGGUCUUUGACCUCUCUCAGGAAGGACCAAGAGAUGCGCUUGAAUUGUACAGAAAAAUGCCAAAUCUUCGAAUCCUGGCCUGUGGUGGGGAUGGAACGGUGGGCUGGAUCCUCUCCAUCCUGGAUGAGCUGCAGCUGAACCCCCAGCCUCCUGUUGCUGUACUUCCACUAGGCACCGGGAAUGACCUGGCUCGCACCCUCAACUGGGGAGGGGGAUACACAGAUGAGCCGGUUGCAAAAAUUCUCUGCCAUGUAGAAGAUGGGACCAUUGUCCAACUGGACCGGUGGAACCUCCAGGUGGAGAGAAAUCCUGAUUUGCCCCAAGAUGAACUAGAAGAUGGAGCACGGAAGCUUCCCCUCAGUGUUUUCAAUAAUUACUUCAGCCUGGGAUUUGAUGCUCACGUUACACUGGAAUUCCAUGAAUCUCGAGAAGCAAAUCCUGAAAAAUUCAACAGCCGCUUUCGAAAUAAAAUGUUUUAUGCUGGGGCAGCCUUUUCAGACUUCCUUCAGAGAAGCUCCAGAGAUUUAUCCAAGCAUGUGAAAGUUGUGUGUGAUGGCACAGACCUGACCCCAAAGAUUCAGGAGCUGAAAUUCCAAUGUAUAGUGUUUUUAAACAUACCCAGGUAUUGUGCUGGCACAAUGCCCUGGGGGAAUCCAGGAGAUCACAGAGAAUUUGAACCACAGCGGCAUGAUGAUGGUUACAUUGAGGUCAUUGGGUUCACCAUGGCCUCCUUGGCUGCUCUUCAAGUGGGAGGCCACGGAGAAAGGUUACACCAAUGCCGGGAAGUGACGUUGCUGACGUACAAGUCCAUCCCCAUGCAAGUGGACGGGGAGCCUUGCCGGCUGGCUCCCUCACUGAUCCGAAUCGCCCUGAGGAAUCAGGCCAAUAUGGUGCAGAAAAGCAAGAGGAGGACAUCGAUGCCUAUGCUCAAUGACGUCCCUAAAGUGCCCUCUGCUGACCUGAGGAGAGUUUCAGCUCCCCCUGAUUCCUUCGCCAUUCCCCAUGCCGUCUUAGAGCGCCUGAGGAUCAGAGUGAACAGAAUUAGUUUACAGGAUUAUGAGGGACUGCAUUAUGACAAGGAAAAGCUUCGGGAAGCUUCUAUUCCUCUGGGAAUGAUAGUUGUCAGAGGAGACUGUGAUUUGGAGACCUGUCGCAUGUAUGUGGAUCGCCUAGAGGAGGAUUUACAAUCUGUAAGUUCAACAACACAGAGAGUCCACUACCAGGACCAGGAAACCUCUUUCCCAAGAGCAUUGUCGGUUCAGAGGCUUUCUCCUAGAUGGUGCUUCCUAGAUGCAACUUCGGCCGAUCGCUUUUACCGCAUCGACAGAUCUCAGGAACAUUUGCACUUCGUGACUGAAAUUUCGCAGGACGAGAUUUUUAUUCUGGACCCAGAAAUGGUGGCAACGCAGCCUGCAGGGACGCCUCCAGGAAUGCCUGAUCUGGUAGUGGAGCAGGCCUCUGGAAUAUCAGAUCGGUGGAAUCCUGCUGUUCGAAAGCGCAUGCUGAGCGACAGCGGCCUGGGGAAGAUGUCCCCUCACUACGAGGUACCUGAGAAACAAAAGGAGGCCAGCAAGGCGCACAUGCUGCAGUCUCCGGUUUCUUCAGAAGAUCAAGCACUUUUACAGUCAGUAAUAGCUGGUGAUUUUCUAAAAUUCAUAGACUGCUGCAAAAAAGGAGCUAAUCUGUUAAUCCAGGGACCUGACCACUGUUCCUUGCUUCACCACGCAGCCAAGACUGGGCAUGGCGAGAUUGUGAAGUACAUCCUAGACCACGGUCCUUCUGAGUUAGUGGAUAUGACAGACAAUGAAACGGGUGAGACGGCACUGCACAAGGCAGCCUGCCAGCGCCACCGUGGCAUCUGCCAGUUAUUGGUGGAGGCAGGAGCGUCAUUGAGGAAAACGGAUUCCAAGGGUAGGACACCUCGAGACAGGGCGCAGAAGGCUGGGGACCCAGAUCUAGCCUCGUAUUUGGAGAGUCAUCAGAACCACCAAGUGGUUCCCCAUGAGGACCUAGAGACUGCAGUGUGAUAUUUGUGGUGUGUGUGAGAGAGAAAACCCUAGGAGAUCAUGAGGCUGCGCCUGAGGCGUUCUCGGGUGUCAUGUGAGGAAGGAGCUAAUGGAAUCCAUGCAUCUCUCGCUCUCAUGCAAAAUAUCUGAGAAGAUGCCACCAAUUUCUAAGGGCUACGGAGACUUGCCACGGAACUCUCAAGUUCCCAGACGUUAGCCUGCGGGGUAGUAGAAGGAGACUCAAAGGUCUGUGGAAUCCAUGGGCCAAGGAAACUUACUAUUACUGCUCUCAGCAAGUAGCAUGAACAUCUCCUGUGUUCCUCUGUAGAAAUUACUUGGAAAAAGAAGAAGGAAGGAAGGAAGAGUGCAGGGGAAGAAACAAAGUAACACAGAUAUCCAUAAUCCCACCAAACAUUUUCCAACUAUGACUCCUUGCCAUGAACCUUUUGAAUUUCCUUAUGUUGACCCAACAUUUUUCCUUCUUCACGCUUGCUUUCCACAUUCCUUCCCCUUCAGUUUCCACAGUUGCACCUCAGUAAAGUGGUGUUUGCUUAUCGGUGUGCUAAAUCUUCAUGGCUGCUCGGAGGAAGGCAACGCUUUGAGGUGAGCCCUGGGUUUCCUUGGCAAGGCUGCACCUCUAAAUAAUAAGUUCUCACCUCAUUGUCCUUCAGAGAUUGCAUUGCCAGAUCGUUGCCAUAUUGAAUAUGCACCAGAGCUGUUUCAGAACCCAUCACAAAAUGUAUUAUGAAUUUGAGAGCGCACAAAGGCUACAAUGUAAUGGGGGGGGCCUGACAGAACUAGGUCAGGUUGUAGACUUGUUUCAAAGAGUAUGCUACUCUUACUCAAAUUCCUUUGGCAUUCUGCAAAAUUUCCCAGAUGUUUGGUCUCAGGAGGAACCUCCAAAAAUUUGCUUCAGAGUUUGUUUUUGGCAAAAUCUGAUCACAACCUAUGGAUGUGUUGAAUUUCCCCGAGAAACUGUGCUCAUCAUAGUCACUUUGGGCGCCAUUCUAGUGAGACAUCUCAGCUCCCUCUUUGCUGACCACAACAAGCUGGCCAUGCUUUGUCCUGAAUCUUGUCUGGAAUUAGCCACAUUCGGGUACUUGAGAAAACAUUUUUAGCUGCAAGAGAUCAGAGAAAAAUAAAUAGCCACGCAAAGUAUUUGAUUAAUGAACUUCAGCUUUUGCUUUUAAUGACUACUUGAAACUAAACUGAAAACAUUUGCUGUCAGAACUUGGCUUGGUGGCAACAAGAAAGGGAGGAAAGUCACAUAAAUCUCCCUCUCUCUUGUUCUCUCUUUCUCACUCACUCACACACACUCUCUCACACAAAAUAUACAUAUAUUGACAGUGCAGUGCUGAGUGUGUUUGCUCAAGUCUCUCCUAAUUCAGUAGGGAAGUGUGUUCAGGACUGCAGCCUAAAAUUCCCUUAUGGUGGAGAAUAUCAACUGCUGUAUGCAUUCAGACCUACAGAAGUUAAAAACAACAACGUUCCCAAUAAUUAUGGGACAAGUGGUAUGCAGUUGCUUUGCCUCUGCUGCUUUCUCUAAGGUAAGAACUUUGUGAUGAGGCCUGAAAUGAUGCCCUCAUGCUAUAUUUCCUGUCUCUAGGAUAUUACCAUAAUAAUAAACCCAACAGCUGCCUUGCCCCAUUUUUACAUGAAGCAUAUGGUGUUAAUUGCCACAGAAGCAGAACAUUUCAGCCUGACCCCCCCCCCCCGGCCAAUUCUGAUCAGAAAAAAAAGCAAAGCCCAACCCUAGGAUAAAUUCGGGAUGAUUUUGCUGCUGGGAAUAAUAGUUGUAUCUCUUGCAGUGUGACUGCCCAUAAAUCCUCUCACAAUUGCACUGAACAAAAUUAUGUUGUGAACCAGCUUGAGAUCUGCGGAUGGAGGGAUGACAUAGAAAUAAUAAUAACAACAACAAAAAUACCCACCAGAAUAUUUUACUCCAGCACUGGACCUAUUCCCAUUUCAGGGUCAUUCCCCAAGGCUUGGGUUGACAUAAUCCCAGAGCAGAUGAACCUAUUGUCCACAAAACCUUGGGGCAGACACCAGCUGAGCUGCGCUCCCUGGAUCUUUCUGAUCUUUUCUCUUAUGGGGGUCUUACAAAGAACUGUCCCCAUGUAUUUAUGUGGCCAUUCUAGCUUCUGUCCCAGAUGGAAGAAUGAAGACUGGGAGAACACCAUAGUAUUCUAAAUGUGGGUUGCUUGCCAUAGCACCAAUUGUAUUGACACGAUGCUGUAUAUAAUCAGUAUUUGACAGUAAACUCUCUGAUGCAGUUACAAGAAAUGAAGCAAGACAGCAAGGCGUUUGCUUAAUUUAGCAAGUGUAAGAUGGUAGCAAGAGGCUCCAUUGGUAAGAGGUACUCCCCACGAGCCAAUAAAGCUAUGUGCUUCUGUAGGAUAUCAAGGUGGAGUUAACGAAAAAUAUCUUAGGGCUGCCGUAGCUCAUAGGGGGUUGGCUUUCAAUUCCACUGUGGUUUUGAUUUCCCAUAGCCAGACUCCAGCUUGAUCUCAGCCUCUCUCAGUUCAGCCUGUGCAUCCAAUUCAGGACAUGAUUAUCAUUUGCCCCCCCACCCUUCCACUACAGAUAGAAAAGGAUGUUAGUGUCAGAAUGGUAGCAUUGUUCUUCCUUUGCAAAGGCCACCUUCCUCCUCCGGGAGACCCACACCCACCCACUGGGAGCUCAGUCAGGGGCAGUCACUGUGUAGCGGAAACAACAUCCAGCAUGGGAGCUGGAUCAGAAAUUGGCAUUUAAUCGUGCCUUUUAAUAUUCAAGGUGUCCGGAGGCACUUUGCAAAAGCAACAUGUCAGCAACUGGCAGCCGGCAUAUCAACUGUGAGCUAGAUAGAACUGCUAUUAUGUUCCUGAAAUAGCUUAAAAGCAGCCAAGGGUGUUUGCAUCUCUCUUUUCCCUCCAAGGAGGAGAGAGGUUAGGGCUGAGAUUCUAUUGUGUUUAUUUCAGCAGAGCCACGGCCUGUAAGGAACCCCACUAUCCAGCAGUAUUGUAGUCAGGUCUUGUUCCACAGAAGCAUGAUGGAACACAGCAUUAGGCAAAUACAGUUUAUGGUUAAGAAGCAACAUGCCUGUACAACCACACUGGGAGCUAGAGGACCAUGGCGACUGCCUUUGUGGUGAAAGAAUUUUACCAACCUCUUCCCAAUGAAUGGAAAUGUGGUGGGGAGCAUGGAUCUUAUUAAAAUGAGCUGUGUGGCAUAUUCAGGACUAACUAUUGUUUAGGAUAUUUGUUGAUCCCUCUUCCUCCAAAGUUAACUCAGAGUGAUCUAUAUCAAACAUAUCAACAUCAUAACACAAGCAAGAGUAAAAAGAAAGAUGGACAACUCAUUAAAACACCGAUUCAGAUAUUUCUGCUGAAUAUCAAACUAUUGAACAAUGAGAUCAGAGCAACAUGUGUGGUCUGAUUUAUUCCUAUUAAGGCUCUCAACAACCCAUGCACAGGACCUAAAGUCUUCCAGUUAGUUUGGGGGCAGUGGAGGAUCUUAAGGUCUCAUUUUUCAGUGGCUCUGUGUGAUGCUAAAAUUUGGUGCCUCCCGCACUCCAUUCAAAAUAAUAGUUGCAGCAUCUCCUGUGGCACCUCUGAGGCUCCUCACCAAGUGCGACCGAACUGGUCAUGCUCCCCUAAAUCCAUCUCUGUUUGGGGCUAAGCAGGGAUUGGAAACCAGUCUGCCUGGUUGGAGUUAAGGAGUGUGCUCUGUUCACUUCAUCACACUGGCUUUCUCACUUGGCUGUCCGUUUUCUCCCCCAGUCUGUACUUCACUGCGCUGGUGUGUCCAUGCAAGUUUUUGAUAGCGCUUGGAUUUACUGGCUGAGCACAUCCGAUCUCUACUCCGAAUCCAGCAGAGCAUGUGACACAAGCCAUAUGGUGAAAUGUUGGGCAGAAAGCUUUAAAAAGCUCAUUUUUAUUCCAGUGCAGCCACCUGAACAUCUGGCAUAGUGCUAAAGCACUGAACCAGCAGUGUGUGAUACUGCUUCAAGUCAUGGAUGCAUGCCCACUAGUCAUGCCCACGUCUGUGUUGCAAAAGGAGCAAGAUAUAUGCAUGCAGUCCAAGGAAAACAUGACACACUGAGUCAGUCAGAGAUUUUCCUCACACCUGCAUCUUUUUAAAGGUGUACUCUUCUUCCACAAGAUUUUACUUUAAACUCCCAAGCUUAAUAUACAGUGGGAUAAACUCCUUUGAGAAGUACUGCAGAGGAAGAUAAGGCCAGUCUCAGAUGUCAGCAGGAACAGAAAGGUCCAUCUUCUGGUCCAGAGAACAGUCAGCAGCCAGCUGCAUAGAUGAAUCUCUCUCCUCUGAUAAUGGUGGUCAAAGGAAUCUGAUUUUCUAGAUGCUAUUGGACCACACCUCCAUUCACCUGUAACUAUUAAUAAUAAUAAUAUUUUUUAAUUAUUUCCCCCCCACCCAUCUGGCUCAGGUUUCCCCAGCCACUCUGGGCGGCUUCCAACU